CGAAACGGCCGCUGGGAGGGAAGGGAGGAGGUUUCGUGGUGGUGGCUGGUGAAGGACUCCCGUCCCUGUCCCUGUCCCUGUCCUGUCCUGUCCGCAGCCGAGCUUUAAGUUGCGCGUGAAUUUAUUCCCGUGACUCGGGACGUGCCUCCCGGCUGCAACCUUACUGUUCACUCGGAGUUAUCAAUCCACCGGCAAUUGUAUAAGUUCAGAGACCUGACCAUAGAAGAGCUGAAGAAUGUUAGCAAGACAUACCCAAACUUCACGUUCUCCAUGAACACGUACACCUUCAAGGAUGGAUCCCAGAAGGACCUCCUGAAUUUUAGUGGUACUGUUCCAGUGAAAUAUGGUAAUUCCUAUAACAUACCUAUUCAGCUGUGGAUUCUGGAUUCUCAUCCCUUUGCUCCCCCUAUUUGCUUCUUGAAGCCAACUGCAAACAUGGGCAUUUCAGUGGGGAAGCAUGUUGAUGCUCAUGGCAGGAUUUAUCUGCCCUACCUGCAGAACUGGAGCCAUCCUAAAUCGACUGUCAUUGGAUUAAUCAAGGAAAUGAUUGCAAAAUUUGAGGAAGAGCUCCCUUUGUAUUCACUGUCAUCCUCUGAUGCAGCCAGGCAAUCAGAACUUCUGUCCUACAUUGCAAAGAUUACAGAAGGAGAGACUGACAUGAAAUCAAGGAGUAAAAUUGGAGGCAAAAAUGAAGGAUGUUUUAAUAAAAUUACUGUUGUUGGAGCUGGAGAUCUUGGCAUUGCAUGUGUGCUAGCAGUUGCAGCAAAGGGUGUUGCAGACAAGGUGAUUCUUUUGGAUCUUUCUGAAGGUGCAGCAAAAGGAGGGACCAUGGACUUGGAGAUCUUUGCUCUGCCAAAUGUGGAGAUCAGCAGAGAUUUUUCUGCUUCUGCUGAUUCAAAAGUUGUGGUAGUUACAGUUAAUUCUCUGGGUAAUGCUCAGACUUACCUCGAUGUCAUACAAAGCAAUGUGGAUUUGUUCAAAGGAAUUAUUCCAGCAAUAUCACACUACAGUCAGAAUGCUGUUCUCCUUGUUGCUUCUCAUCCAGUUGAAGUAAUGACAUAUGUGGCGUGGAAGCUGAGCACCUUUCCCAAAAGCAGAGUGAUUGGAGUAGGUGCCAAUCUUGACUCGGAGAGAUUUCAGUACAUACUGACAAACCUUUUGAAAGCAGAGGUGCUGGCAAAAGAUGCCUGGGUUAUUGGUGAACAAGGGGAAGACAAAGUAUCAUCGUGGACCAGUUAUAAUUUAGCUGCAAAUCAAACGGAAGGAAUGGCUGCUCGUAACUCAAGGCAAAAGGUGGCCAACAGAGCUAUGGAAGUUCUGAAGGGAAAAGGUCAGAGAUCUUGGUCUGUUGGGCUCUCAGUUGCUGAUUUGACUGACAGCAUUCUGAAAGAUAGAAGAAAGGUUCAUUCUAUAUCCACUCUGGCAAAGGGAUGUUGCAAUAUAAACAGUGAAGUGUUCUUAAGUCUCCCAUGUAUUCUUGGAACCAAGGGAGUGCUUGAAGUGGUCAAACUGGAAGAAGACCCACUGGUGCAAGAGAAACUGCAAAGCAGCGCAGGGUCAAUUCAUGACCUUCAGCAGCAGCUGAAGCUGUAAGGAAGCACAAGGGAGGCCUCCGUGUCUGCUCACACAAGUCGGAGAUUUGCAAGGCAGAAGAGGUUGCUUCGUAUAUAUGGAUUUCUAUGUAAAACAGGAAGUUUUGUUACUUUACUUUCCCAAAGUGCUUUCUCAGUUUUGGUUUAAAUUAUGUAAUACUGCUCUGUACAGUAAUGUCUUCUUUGAAAAGUGCACUUUUGGUAGCCAAAAUGGGGAGGGUAAUAUGCAAGAAUGUUUUACCUGAAUUCAGGUGACAUUCGCCUCUUGUUUUUGGUUGCUGAUUAUAGCCUGAUUCUUGGGUUAAUCUUAGCUCUUUGCACCUCAUUCCAUAGCUCCAUCUUUCAUGACUAUUGCUGAUGCUCUUAUGUCAAUGAACUGCUAAUUACCUCUUACUAAUCCUGCUAAGGGGAGCACAGUGUUAGCAAUACCCUUCAGAGCUGAAGUAUUGGAUAUGGAUUUGUGUGGCAUGCUUAAUGCUGUCGGGAAUAUUCUGGUCAUGACUUGUUUUGCUUUUAUUUCGUAAAGACAUUCAGAGCACUAAGGCAUCUACAGUUCUCAGUAUACACAUGCAGCACUGCAACAGGUGCUCUUCCUGAAUGGGAUUCAAAUAAAGGACAAAAUCCAGCAGUUAAGGAAUGCAGAAGUAUCUGUGCAUUCAGACCUCGCUCCAAAGCCAGCUGAGGGCAUUGAGCUUUACGUCAGGCUGAGGAACAUACAGCUGCUCGAGAAGGCAACAGAACCUGUAACCCACCUCCUUAGGAGGCCAAGGGUGGGAUGAAAAAGCUGAAUGUGCGUUUUUAGAUAAGUCAAAAAGCAGAUGUUUUUUGAGAUUUUUGGGGGGUUCUAACUUCUUGAUUUGCUGUACUGUAAAAGACUGUAUCCAUCCUGGUUGUACCUCAGCAUCACAUUGCAGGCAGAGGAGAUGUGGGCUCCACUCCUGCUGUGUGCAGCUUAGGAACGUCAUUCCAUGUUUAUGCUUUGAGGGGAGUCUGGUUUUAAUGAAUGUAUAUGAAGUAUUGAUGAAGCUUUCUAAGCAAAAGUAAGGUCUAUGGCAGAGCCCAAGAUCUGUUCCUUUGUGCCUUCUGCUUAUAUCUCACAAAGAACCAGACUUGCAAGGAGUUCUGGGUGUAUACUGAUCUCAGAACUGAGAUAAAAAUAGAAAAAAGCC